GCAGCGAGAGAAAACUACAAUGCCUUCAAAUACUUCUUCAUGAAAUAUCCCCAAUUUGCUGAUCAUCGAGUGUUUAUAAUGGGCGAAAGCUACGGCGCCGUCUACACGACCACAAUGCUUGAGCAUAUCAUCGAUAACGCUACUGAAUUUCCGAUUAAAAUUGAGGUUCCGAUUGAGCAUUGA